UUUUCAGUCACGUAGAAACCUAUUCGGACCCACUGAGUGGUUUGCUACUAAGCUUCUCUCACUCUCACUCCUCUCUCAUCUUCUCCAUUUCACUGAUUCACUCCCAUUCUCAACUCUCGACGCUCCAAUGUUUGCUACAGCGCUGGGAUCCGUCUCCGCCUCCUCCUUUCUCUCACAGAUUGCCUCCAUCGGUGCUUCUUACGCCCCUUCGACCUCUACCUCCUUCUCCCUUGUACUUCCCAGGCCCCUCUCUCAGUCAAGUUCCGGAGUCCUACAUACUCUAUCUCCGCCGCCUGAAUCGGUUCGACGUGCUCGGGUGCUUGUGAAUUUGCAGCAAACAUUUCUGAGAAAUCAGAACUGUUUUAUCAGAUGCAGGAACUGGGCAGGACGGUUUAUUGGUCUCAGCAAAAAUCCAUCUACAAAAGCAGCUGUGAUUACUGCAGCGUCCUCAGCAGCAUCUGUGUGCAUUGGGCCUGCUCUGGAGGUGCAAGAAAUACGGGAGAGAUCCAACAAGUGGCAAUGGAAUCAGUACUCCAUAAACUAUUUUGUUUCUCACUAUCAACCUCAACAGCAACCACAAUCAAGUUCAAGUCCUGUCGUCCUUUUAGUUCAUGGAUUUGGAGCUUCUAUUCCCCAUUGGCGCAGGAAUAUUAGCACGUUGUCUCAAUAUUCAACUGUCUAUGCCAUUGAUCUCCUUGGCUUUGGUGCUUCCGAUAAGCCUGCUGGCUUUGCAUAUACAAUGGAAACGUGGGCAGAGUUGGUAAUAGAUUUUGUGGAUCAAAUCAUUAAGAAGCCAACUGUGCUAGUGGGUAACUCGGUGGGAAGCCUUGCUUGCGUGAUUGCCGCUUCAGAUUCCAGUAGGAAUCUAGUUCGAGGACUUGUUCUCUUAAACUGUGCUGGUGGUAUGAACAAUAAAGCAAUUGUCGACGAUUGGAGGAUCAAACUGUUAUUACCUUUGCUUUGGCUGGUCGAUUUCUUAUUGAACCAACGAAUAAUUGCUUCAGCACUAUUCAAACGUGUGAAAAAGAGAGAUAGCUUGAGGAACAUUUUGUCGUCCGUAUAUGGAAACAAGGAAAGUGUGGAUGAAGAUCUGAUAGACAUAAUUGUGGAACCAGCAAAUGACGAAGGAGCGCUUGAUGCUUUCGUUUCGAUUGUUACAGGACCACCCGGGCCAAGCCCGGUUGAACUAAUGCCAAAACUUUCCGUGCCUGUUCUGAUUUUGUGGGGAGAUAAAGAUCCAUUCACGCCACUUGAUGGCCCUGUUGGAAAGUACUUCAGGAAGUUAAGUAUGGAAGUUCCAAAUGUCAGUCUCUUUGUAUUGAAAGGAGUUGGACACUGUCCCCAUGAUGAUAGACCUGAAUUAGUGCAUGAGAAACUCCUUCCAUGGCUGGCUCAGCUUCCUGCUUUGUAAGAGGUAAGUUUUUCAAUAUGAUUUAUAUGUAUAUUUGUUUGUAUGGUCAUCCAACUGUGAUGCUUCAAUGGGUGCCAAAAUCCUUGCAUGUAUUUUACCAAUUUGUUAGUUUAACCAUUAAAAAAAUGUCCUCAUUAUAGGUUGAUCGUUUAAUUAUAUUUGUUGCAAAGGGAAAACUCGCAAUUCUUAGCUCAAAUAAUUGUCAAUAAUAACGUGUUUUUCUUUC